UGAAACUUGGUGCCUUCUAGCAGCUGCCUGUUGGAUGCUUGUUUUUGGAACUGCUAAUGGUGGCAUUAAGCAUAAACCCCUGCAGAAUCCAGAAGCUAACAUGAACAUUAGCCAGAUUAUUUCCUACUGGGGCUACCGUGAAGCAUAUGAUGUUGUAACUGAAGAUGGCUUCAUUCUUGGGGUUUACAGGAUUCCUUAUGGGAAAGGAGAAAACUCUGAGAGAACAGCUCGGAGGCCCAUUUUCUAUUUGCAGCAUGGGAUGUUUGUGUCUGCUAGUAGCUGGGUGGCAAAUCCACCCUACACCAGCCUAGCCUUCACUCUGGCAGAUUCAGGUUAUGACGUGUGGAUGGGGAACAGCCGUGGGAAUAUCUGGUUGCGGAAGCAUGUGCACUAUUCUCCAGAAUCGCCAGAAUUCUGAGCUUUCAGUUUUGAUGAAAUGGCCAAAUAUGACCUCGUUGCCACUUUGAAUUUCAUUGUGGAAAAAACCAAUCAGGAGAAACUGUAUUAUGUGGGCCACUCCCAGGGCACCACCAUAGCUUUCACAGCAUCCUCCACCAAUCCAAAGCUGGCUCAAAGAAUCAAGGUUUUUUUUGCCUUGGCUCCAGUGGUCUCAGUACAACACUGUAGGGGCCCCCUAAAGACCCUGAUGUCCAUCCCUCCAUCCUUAUUAAAGGUUAUCUUCGGUAGAAAGGAGCUGUUCCCAAAGUCUGCCCUCAGUCAGUUCCUUAGGAACCAAAUGUGCAACUGGAAAGGGUUCAAUAUUCUCUGUACAGACUUCCUCUUCCAUGUAUAUGGAUACAAUCGGGAAAACAUUAACAUGAGCUGCCUCGAUGUCUAUCUGUCCCAGAACAUGGCUGGAACCUCAGUCCAGAACAUAGUCCACUGGAAUCAGAUUCUUCAUUCUGCAAAGUUCCAAGCUUAUGACUGGGGAAAUCCAGCUGCAAAUACGGCACAUUUUAACCAGGUGACUCCUCCCUUGUAUAACUUGGAAGCCAUCAAGAUACCAACAGCCAUUUGGAGCGGGCAACAAGACCGGUUUGCUCCCCGCAGAGAAGUGCUCCCCAAUGUGCUCCCCAAACUCCCCAACCUCAUAUACCACAAGAAGAUCCCAUACUACAACCACAUAGAUUUUCUGCUGGGCCUGGAUACACCUCAGGAAUUCUUCCAUGAAAUUCUCUACUUGAUAAAGAUGUACAUGAAACAUUACAGACCUGGUCGCUUCCUUGUGUCUGCUUGGGAGGCUGGGAGGCGGGAGAGACAUGAGUGCUCCUCCUGGGAGGGGACGUUCCCAUUUCUCCCCCCUCACCCCUGUUGGGGCAGUGGCAAGGGGAACAAACAUUUGUUAACACCCACCAUGCACCAGGGGCUGUGUUAG